AGCCGGAGCUGACCAAUGGGCGCGGGGAGAAGGCGGGCCGCGGGGGCUGCCCUUGGUUACGGUCGUUGCCCGGAUGCGGUUUGCCUGGUACUAAGCGACGCCAUGAGUCUGUCUCUCAGAACUGAGCUUGCCAUGGACAAGACAAAAAGGAAAAAAAGAAGAGAAUUGUCAGAAGAACAGAAACGGGAGAUUAAGGAAGCAUUUGAUUUAUUCGACACAGAUAAAGAUAAAGCAAUAGAUUAUCAUGAACUGAAGGUGGCAAUGAGAGCAUUAGGGUUUGAUGUAAAGAAAGCUGAUGUGCUGAAAAUACUGAAAGAUUAUGAUCGUGAUGGUUCUGGCAAAAUCUCUUUUGAAGACUUCAGUGAAGUUGUGACCGAUUGGAUUUUGGAUAGAGAUCCGCAGGAAGAGAUCCUAAAGGCAUUCAAAUUGUUUGAUGAUGAUGAUUCUGGCAAAAUCAAUCUUCGUAAUCUGCGACGUGUUGCAAGAGAACUUGGUGAGAACAUGACUGAUGAGGAACUUCGUGCAAUGAUUGAUGAAUUUGACAAGGAUGGAGAUGGCGAAAUAAAUCAAGAUGAAUUCGUUGCUAUCAUGACUGGCGACAUCUAAGCACCAUUGUGAACAGUAGCUGCGGGAGCUCUGAACAAUUCCUUGAUGACAUGGCUUCUUAUUUACCCUUUUUGAAGCACUGGACAAUUAGAGGAAUAUGGCAUAGAAAGUUAUAGGAGAAAGCAGUAAGAAUUACUACUUAAUACAGAAGUACUACUUAAUACAAUGACAGAACAACAGAAAAGUGACAUUGUUUCAGAAAGACAACUUUGAACUAGUUUUACUAUCUUUGCUACAAAACUGUUUUGUAUUUUUCAAGUAUAUAAUUACUUUGUACGUUGUUUUGAAAUCCCAUUAAAACAUCACUUGUAUUGUAAAUUAGGUUAUACUAUACCUCAGUAUGAAAAUAUUAUAAAA